AUGCCAUCGUUUAACGUACAAAGAUACGGAGCUAGAGGUGAUGGGAGAACAGACGCGACCAAGCCAUUUUUGACGGCUUGGUCAUUAGCCUGCGGCUCACGAGCUCGAGCCAUGGUCUACAUUCCCCGUGGAACAUACUUGGUUGGAAACCUUGUCUUUUGGGGUCCUUGCAAGAACAUUAUAACUUUCAAAAUCGAUGGAACACUCGUGGCUCCAGCGAAUUACUGGAGCAUAGGUAAUUCCGGUUAUUGGAUUCUCUUUGCUAAAGUAAACCGGAUCUCGGUGACCGGUGGAACCAUUGAUGCUAGAGGAGCUGGUUACUGGUCUUGUAGAAAGAAAGGUGGGCAUUGUCCUCAAGGUGCAAGGUCAAUGACGUUUAAUUGGGCAAACGACGUCAUAGUGACCGGCUUAACGUCGAUAAACAGUCAAGCAACACAUUUGGUUAUAAACAGCUGCAACAAUGUAGUGGUCCGGAAAGUAAAGCUAGUGGCUCCAGACCAAAGUCCCAAUACAGAUGGCCUCCAUAUCCAAGCUUCUGCUGGUGUAACCGUAACCGAUAGCACGUUUCAAACAGGAGAUGAUUGUAUAUCUAUCGGUCCGGGAACUCGUAACCUCUACAUGUCUAAACUUAACUGUGGUCCAGGCCAUGGAAUCAGUAUUGGGAGUCUAGGGAGAGAUGCAAAUGAAGCUGGAGUACAAAACAUAACGUUGAUAAACUCGGUUUUUUCGGGUUCGGAUAAUGGUGUUCGGAUCAAGACAUGGGCUAGACAAAGCAAUGGUUUUGUAAGAAACGUUUUGUUUCAGAAUCUGAUCAUGAAGAAUGUUGAGAAUCCGAUCAUUGUUGAUCAGAAUUAUUGUCCGGCUCAUCAAGGUUGUCCCAGUCAGGGUUCUGGAGUGAAGAUUAGUCAGGUUGUGUAUAGAAACAUUCAAGGAACGUCGCGAUCACAACAAGCUUUAACGUUUGAUUGCAGUCGCAGUAAUCCGUGCCAAGCGAUUAGAUUGCACGAUAUUAAGCUAACGUUCAACGGUCGGUCCGCUACUUCUACUUGUAAGAAUAUUAGAGGAGUUAAAGCUGGUGUGGUGAUGCCACAAGGUUGUCUUUGA